AGAGCUGAUUACCAGGGAAAUGUUUUCUGUUGGUCGUUUUUCAUAUCUAGAUCUAGAUGUAGAUUCCCAUUGCGUAUGAACAUCAUCAACUACAAGGAGGACCGAGGACCCCGAGGACUCUCAUUCAUCUCUCUGGUAACUCUAAGUCAUUUUUCUAAUUUUGAUUUCAUAUAAUUAAGUUUGAGUUUUAUCAUCCUGAAAAAGUUGUAAAAUACAUGAUCAUAAAGCCCAUGCUCAAUGAAUAUAAAACUCUUCUUCAUCAUCAAGGAAUUGCUGCCAUUGGCUCGCAUUGUUGAGUGACACAUAUUAGGAUAUGCCACACUGGCGCCUGUGGUCUUUAUCUUAUGGCGGAGUCAUGGUGGCUUUUCCUGAGCUUGUUCUUGGAUGAAAAUUUUAUUUUGGACGACAUGUUCUUGAUUGCCUGACCCCGAGUCUGCAGUGUCGUCGAGGACCAUAGGGCUGUUGAAAGAAACGUCGGCGAAAAUGACCCGUAGCGGUGCGAGCGCAAAAAGUGAAAGGGAGGAAGAAUGUAGCAGAGCAGACGAGGUGAAACUGAAAAGGAAGAUGGCAGUUCAGUACUACCAAUAUUCCGGAAAAGCGUCUAUGCGCGCAGCUUUGCUUUUGCAGUGUUGGCUAGCGGUAGAACAAACACCUGGAUGGAAGUUGGAGAUGAGCAACGGGAAGGUGGGAGUGCGACCAGCAAGCGAAAGCAAUCCGGGGCGGGUACAUACUAAUGAUGGUGAAGGCAUCGCGUCUAGUACAGAUGAAAUGGGUCGGGGCCGCUCACAUCCACGGACGCUUGCGGGAGGGCCGCCGGCAAGCGCCAAAUGGGCUCGCUUCAUGGAUCUGAUAGCUAAAGAGGAUGAUGGUGUUGGUGAGGAUGACAAUAAAAUAAAGAAGUUUUGCGAAGAUACUACAGAUUGUCUCAAGAAGUUGGGCGGAAGCAAACAGGACGAGGACUGGGAGGAGAAAACGCGGCGUGAGUGCAGAACAGCGGACGAGAGGGAUAUUAGCAACACGGGCGCAGCGGAUGACACAGUGCCUUCGAAGAGCCAUGAAGACGGAUUCGACGUCUACUUAGAGUGGAGAAACGAGCAAAAUAAGAUCAUACGCGAAAAGCUUGGCAAGCCCGGCUAUGUGGGUCAGGCGAUCCUGCAAGACGCCCUGUCCUCGGACCCAAACGCUCCGAAACGCUUAAACGAGAUUCGGCAACGGGUAAGUGAUCUUCUAGAGGAGAAAUACGACGCCUACUACCAGAAAGUUGCAGAGCAACAUAAACAAAGGAAACAAAAUAUCACUACCAAAAAUAAACUUGGUUAA